CUGCCUUCAGAGAAUCCCACCUCGUCUGCAUGGCAAUAUCCUCCUGCCGACGUUGCAAAGGCCCAAUCUACCACUCUUCCUCCAGUCACUGAUGUUGCCAUCAUUGGGUCGGGCAUCACUGGCACCAGUGUCGCCCACACGAUGUUGAACCACCCUUCUGCUGCCGGGCUACGCAUAACUAUCUUGGAAGCCCGCAAUGCCUGCAGCGGCGCCACGGGCCGCAAUGGAGGCCACCUUGUUUCCGAUACCUGUGGGCGAUUUGAGGAUCUCGUCAAUGCCUUGGGAGUCGAGGAAGCUAUAAGUAUUUUGCGCGCAUGCGCCCUCUGGCCUUAUCGACUGGUCACUAUCCUUCAAAAGCGCCUACUCGAUCUGCACGAGGGUAGAUUCUCCCUUGAAACGAAUACAGCCGUCACUUCAGUUUCCCACCAAGACAAGUCUCUGGGUGAACCUGGAUACCUAGUCGAAACAACACGAGGCGCCAUCAAGGCUAAAACAGUUAUCCACUGUUCGAAUGGCUAUGCAUCCCAUCUACUACCAAGCCUGACUGGCAAGAUCUACCCAUUGAGGGGUACAAUGUCAGUGCAAGAUCCUGGGGCUGCUUUCCCUCGAGUUGGCGACCGAUACUCGUGGACACAGAUGCACCAAAGCCGCUAUGAUCCCGAGACAAAGCGCAUCACGACAGGACUAUACUAUGCUCAGCAAAAUGCUUUGACGGGAGAUAUCUACAUCGGAGGAGAGAGUCAGGAAGUCGACAGCCUAUUGACGAGCGAUGACUCUGAAGUCGCAGCAUCUGCCAAGGAUCACAUCUCGUCUAUCAUCCCAAAGAUAUUUUCAGGCGCUGAUGACGCCCGCGCCAAGACAGUUUGGUCUGGAAUCAUGGGUUUCACGACUGACUGGUUGCCCAUGGUUGGGAAUCUUGGGCAAGCUGGUACGGGGUCGGCCUCAAACGAGUGGAUCGCAGCCGGGUUCAAUGGCCACGGUAUGGAUAAGUGUUGGUUGACUGGACAGGCUGUUGCUAGAAUGGCUUUGGGUGAGGAUGUUCCUUCAUGGUUCCCCAAAUCUUACCUUCUCACCUCGGAGAGGCUU